CGUAAAAUUAUCCAAGACUCAAACAAAAUGCAAAAAAGAUUAUAGAAAUAUUCGUAAGUACGACGUUAUUUUAAUAAAUAAUAAAGAGCGAUUAAUUAAAGCCAUGAACCAUAAUAAUGACAGUAUACGUUAUUUCAUUAAAAAUGAAGAGCUAUUCAAUAUUCUUCACUCUACACAUAUGACAUAUAGCUAUCGGCCAUGGUGGCCGCGAUCGUAUGAUGGCUGAAAUAAAGUUAAAAUAUUGUAAUAUAAUAAAAGAAACAAUAAUGAUUUUUUUGAGUCUUUGUACCGACUGUCAUAAAAAAUCAUCUAAUCCAAAAAGAGGUCUUGUUUCUAAACCAAUUUUGCAUUCAGCAUACAACUCGCGUGCACAAAUAGAUCUAAUUUAUAUGCAAUCGCAGAGUAUAAACAAUUACAGAUUUAAAAUGAAUUAUCAGGAUCACUUGACAAAAUUUGUUAUACUUAAACCACUAAAGACUAAACGAGCAGAAGAAAUAGCAUAUAACUUAAUGGAAAUUUAUACAACUUUUGGAGCGCCAGCAAUUCUACAUUCCGAUAAUGGGAGAGAGUUUGUUAAUAGUGUAAUUAAUGAAUUACAUAAUAUGUGGGGUGAUGUUUGUUAAAAUAGUGCACGGAAAACCAAGACAUAGUCAGAGCCAGGGGUCUAUAGAACGUGCGAACCGGGACGUGGAAGAUAUGUUGGCGACAUGGAUGGCGGAAACAAAAUCAACAGAUUGGCCAUCUGAAUUAAAAUUUAUCCAAUUUUGAAAAAAUCGUGCUUUUCAUUCUGGUAUGAUAAAUAAUUAAUUUAAAAAAUAAUUUUAAUUGAUACUUUUUAGUAUCGGUCGAUCACCUUAUGAGGCAAUGUGUGGUUGUCCAGCUCGUUUAGGUGUUGCAUCAAUUGGUUUACCAGUAGACGAAAUUAGCUCUUUGAAAUCUGAGGAAGAUAUUGAAUGUAUUUUGAAGUCAAACAAAGACGAGGGAGCCGAAGAAAAUGUACCGUGUACUAGUAACUCAGAACAAGUGACUAGUGACUUAGAACUUGUUGAUCAACGAAAACAAAAUAUACUUGAUGCACGUCAAUCAUCUGCACACAAUUUAAAAAAACAGGCACUAAAAAUGGUUAAAACAUCCAAUAAAAAAUAUAUCCUUGCAAAGCAAAUUUAUUGGAUCUAAGUACUGUUUUAAAAUCGGUAGGUCAAGCAGAAAAACCGUUAUCUCUUCAGGAGGCAACUACUCUAAAUAGUAUUUCAGGGGCACAAGGAUAUACCCGAUGUCAAUGUAAGACAAAAUGCAAGACGAACAGGUGUGCUUGCAGAUCGGCAUCUAAUUCUAAAUGUCAUAGAAGUUUGCCAUGUGAAAAUAAAAAUGAAU